AUGGCCUCUCGAGGGUACUCCCGGAUCAGGAAGGUGGGCGAAGGGUCCUUUGGGAAGGCAUGGUUGGUUCGAGGAAGAGAUGGACGGGAAUACAUCAUGAAGACGAUCGAUGUGAAAAGGAUGGAUAAGAAACAGAGAAAUGAAGCUAGGAAUGAGGUCAAGGUGUUGUCGUCAUUGAAGCAUCCGUAUGUGGUGUGCUAUAGGGACUCCUUUUUCGAGGAGGCCAGUGGGCUGUGCAUCAUUAUGGACUACGCUGAGGGGGGGGACCUCGCUGAUAGAAUUCGCAAGGCGCGCGAUGCUGGUGUUGGAUUCCCAGAGGCACAGAUCGUCAGAUGGCUGAGUCAAGCUGCACUUGCUCUGAAGUGA